UGAACUCAGCUUAAACAGGACUAACAGCAUUUUUUCAUGGCCGGUUGCUCACUCGAAGCUCUAGUCUUGAUUCUAUCGACAUGCUUGAAAAAUGUGGCAGAAUCAUACGCCGAACGACAUGAGAGGAUGCCUCUGUUUGCUACGUCUCCGAAAAACACUGACUCCUUGGCCCAAUUGUGGGCCUGGGCAAUUGCUCGCCGAGUGGGAAUAUGGUUGAGCGACAAGAAUCAUUAUGAGGAGUUCGGUUUAGCUAGUUAAAACACAUAUACACCGGUCUUCUGACUAUUGCGGGAACGGGCAAGCUGGGGUAGCUGAACGGGUAGUGGGCCUUCAGUGAAUUGAGCCUCCACGGAAGCUUGUCUGCCACCACAUACGCAAUGGCGGAGACUGUGGUCAUAAAAUGAGGCCCUCCACAGUUAAGCCAUUUCUUCCUCGGUUCUGUCAACAGGAUCGUGACCAGUGAUGUGGCCGUAAGCGCACUGCAGUCAGAUGCUAAGCCUCACUUGGUCUGUUCAACAGCCACAGGAAACGCAGGAUUUCAAUCGGUCAUGACCGAUCAACUUUAUGGCUAACUGGGAAAAUGAAGCGACGAGAAGUCUACAUACCAACAUGUUGUAGAACAUAAAAGUUGCAAUCCAUGACUCUAUCGGCAACAUUGCACUACAUCCUCUCCCCUCACAUUUCCAUCUAAGAAGUGAAAAACAUUGAUAUAUGAUCAGCGCGGCGCCUCCUCCGUUUACUCAUAUUACUUGUGACUUUACGGUUAUAAAACAUACCACAGGAUCUUAUAAUAUCUUUAGCAUUUCUACUUAUUGAAUACUCCUACCUCUCAAACAAACUGCGAGAAGGACUCUCUUCCCUUCAACGCCAUCAUGAACGGCUCCAUUCCUCACAACACGAUGGGGAAUCCCGGGCAUCAUGUAGCUGGAGAUCACAUCGGACAAACACCUUAUGGAUACCCACAACCCCAUAUCGUCGACAUGUUCUUCCCGGGAUUUUCACUCUUCUCAACCGCCCUCAAGAAUUACACCGCAAUCGACCUCAACAUUUAUAUUCCAGUACUCAUGAUUCUUGGCAUACUAAUCUUCUGUUGGCAAUACAUUGAAACGUGGUUCUGGAUUGAGCUCGAUGCCCAUUUCAUGUCAUCUGCUGAUAUACGCGUCGACGAUGAAAUGUACAAUAUGGUAAUGGCUUGGGUAUCGGAGCAGCCGUUUGCACAACGAUCUCGUCGAUUCGUCGCCAAUACCAAUUUAAAUAGUCGUAUGUGGUUCAUGUGGCAAAACGAAAAUGAGGAGGAACAGGAAGAGAACGAUGACGACUUCGAGCUUGAUGAGGAGGGAAAUCCUAUCCCUAAGAAGGCGUCGGAGAAAGAGAAAAAGGUUAGAUUUACGCCAAGCUUCGGAACUCACUACUUUUGGUACAAGAGAAGAUUGUUACAGUUUCGCCGCUCGCAGAGUGCGCCAAUGACUAAUUCUGCUGUGAGCGAAAGGGAGGAAAUCUCACUUUCUUCUUUCGGACGGAAUCCUCGCAUUCUCAAGGAAUUACUCGAUGAAUGUCGCCAAUCAUUUCUUAAGAACGAUGAGAAUCGAACCAUUAUCUACAGAGGCGGCUCCAAGUCUGGCUCUUUUGGAGAGCCUGGCUGGACCCGUCUUGUUUCGCGUAUCUCACGCCCUUUCUCCACAGUUGUUCUGGAUGAAGCCGUCAAGCAGAAAGUCAUUGCUGAUAUGAAAGAUUAUCUUCAUCCAUUUACCCGACGUUGGUAUUCUAACCGGGGUAUUCCGUACCGCCGUGGAUAUUUGCUUCAUGGACCACCUGGAACAGGGAAAAGUUCUCUUAGCUUCGCGAUUGCUGGAUAUUUCAAGCUUAAGAUUUAUAUCGUUUCUUUAAAUUCCGGAUCUAUGAACGAGGAGACUUUAAGUACACUGUUCGCCGAGCUUCCCAAACAGUGCGUCGUUCUUCUCGAAGAUAUUGAUACAGCGGGCCUUACCCACACUCGUGAUGAAGAUAAGGAGGAUGAUGACUGUGAAGAAUUCGGUCCUAAAUCUCCGUUGACCAAGGCAACCAAGACUUUGGAAGCUAUGGCAAAGAAAAAUAGCAACAAGGAGGAAUCGGGCAAGAUCUCUUUGAGUGCGUUACUCAAUGUGAUCGAUGGAGUCGCAUCACAAGAAGGAAGAAUUCUCAUCAUGACAACAAAUCAUAUCGAAAAGUUGGAUGAGGCACUUAUCAGACCAGGAAGAAUUGAUAUGACGGUCCAUUUUGACCUGGCUACUAAGGACAACAUGGAACAAAUAUUCAGAGGUAUUUACGCAACUCUUGAGGGCGAUUACCCUGAGCCCAAGGGUUCUGAAAGUGGGUACUCUGCUUCUGGUAGUGUUAAAUCUGGCACUUCGAGAGGGAGAAGUUCGGGUAGUGAAGUAUCAAGUAGUGGGAGGGGAAUGCACAAGAAGAAACCUACGAGUGCAUCGCGAGAAAGGAGGGUACAGGUGGAAUUAGAUAGAAUUAUCGCGGCAGAGGAGGAACAAAGAAGAGUUGAGGAUGAAGAAAGGGUAGCAAAAUUAGCCAAACUCUUCAGUGAGAAGGUUCCCGAGGGAAAGUUUAGCCCAGCGGAGAUUCAAGGGUAUUUGUUGAAGCAUAAAAGGAGUGCGGAAGAUGCCAUUGAAGGGGCAGAGCAAUGGGUAAAGGAAAGAGAAGAGGAGAAAGAGAGAGCGAAGUUGAAGGAGAGUGAGGAUAGGGAAAGGAGAGAAAAGGAAAAGGCAAAAUUAGAGUCAGAGAUUGAAAAGUUGAAGAAAGAGAAGGAGGAAGCCGAGAAGGAGGAUGACGAGGAAGGUGGAAUUGAUAAGGUAUUAAAUGAAGUUGAAACCAUCAAGGAAAAGAACGAGACUAUAAAGAGAGAGGUGGAAAGUUUCAAGGGGGAAAUACUGGACGGAAUGGGGAAGAAGACUCAGAAGAUGGAGGUUGAGGGAAUUAAGUUGAAGGGUAUUGAAAGGGCAAAUAGGGAGAAAGCCACAGAGGAGCUAAAAGGGGAGAUGGUUGAAUAUGCGGAAUCUGGCUCUCAAACUGAUCCAGAUGAGAUUCUUGCCUAGUGGGCGACAUGAGAACAGACAUCACAAGAGGGGAGUUAUAUUUGGAGUAUAUUGAUUGGAGGUCAUCGGCUGGCAGUGUUUGGCGUUGAUGGGAAGGGUAGUGCAGUUGUAUUAAUUAGUAAACCCUAUUGAAAUGAUUGAACUGAAAUCCAUUAC